GCUCCGAAUAAUGUAAGGUUUGACGUAAUUAGGUUUACUCUAAAAACUGUUUUGGCUUUUUUGUGCCGGUAAUCAUUUGUCAAAUUAAAUACAAAUCAAAAAUCGAAAGUGGGUGUUUUUAUCUUCAAGGCUGGUCAUAACAACAAUGUCACCGGAAUCACCGCAUCUGUCAUUCUGUCAGCGUAAAAUGAUGUUUGAAAUCUGCUGUGCAAUUUAUCCAAUAAAAGGCCAAAAUAAAUUGUAAUGUGGUACUUAAAAUAGUGGUAGUGCAAAAGUAAAGACAUAUGGAUCGUGUGGGAAAUUGUGAAAUGAAAUACAAACGGUUCGCAUAUUUAUUCGUAGGUUUAGGUGUAAUUGUUGUAAUUUGGAAGCUGUCUGUGCUAGAGUCAAGCGUUAGUAAUCUAAAAACUCUUCCUCAAGCCCUCGACCUCCAUAAAGACCAGCUCGAGUUAACUCAGAGACAGUUAAUGAUAUUUGAACAAAUACACAAAAAGACCAACUAUUUCCGAAAUUAUCCAGUCAUCUAUGCCGUAACCCCCACGUAUUGGAGGCACGUACAAAAGGCCGAGCUCACUAGAAUAUCACAAACGUUGCAAUUAGUGCCAAAUGUGCACUGGAUUGUGGUUGAAGAUUCAGAUUUUAAAACUGAUCUAGUGAGAAACUUGUUGACUGAAUCUGACUUGAUUUAUACUCAUUUGAAUGCAAAAACGCCACCUUUUGAGAAGUUGAAAGAUAAGGAUCCGAGAUGGAAGCGUCAUAGAGGCGUGGAACAAAGAAACACCGCUUUGAAGUGGUUACGGGAAAAUUUGAAGCUCGGGAAAGAUAAAGGAGUUGUGUAUUUUAUGGAUGAUGAUAACACGUACAACGUCAGAGUUUUUCAAGAGAUGAAUAAAAUAAAAACGGUUGGGGUAUGGCCUGUUGGCCUUGUUGGAGGCUUAAACGCCGAGACUCCAGUCCUCGAUAAAAAAACUGGGAAAGUCAUGGGGUAUAGAAGUGGUUGGAGGCCUGAUAGGCCCUUUGCUAUAGACAUGGCUGGUUUUGCCAUAAAUCUAGACUUAAUUUUAUCUAGGACGGACGCUGUGUUUUCCUAUAAAAUGGAAAAAGGUUAUCAAGAAAGCGAGUUUCUUAGUUAUUUUACGACCAAAGAGCAGUUGGAGCCUUUAGCUGAUAAUUGUACUAAAGUUUAUGUGUGGCAUACAAGGACAGAAAAACCGGUUGUAAAUGGAAUAGUGCCAGGUUUAGAAGUUUAAUAAUUUAUUACCUCUUUAUACAUUUUAAACGUUUGUUUUUAUUUUAUGCGCAGCAUCCAACGUAAAAUAUACAAAUCUGUGAUAGACAAUUGUACUUCCUGUCAGUUUUUACAGCUUGAAGUAAACAAAAAAAUAUUA